CAAAUACACGUGUUUGUUCAAAAAUAGAGACGAUUGAGACACACUACACAACCGUUCAAACCGCAUAUUUGGUGGCGCUGGUCAUCGUGGUCGGUGUAUUUCUUCACACUUUACAAUAUAUAGAUUUUAUUUUCCAUCUUUACUGUCAAUGCAACAGUGACAGCAGGAUGUGUCGGUAUGCAUAGGAGAAAAACAAGUGAGGAAAUCUCGGAGAGGAGCUACUCACUGACAGAAGUGCCAUUAGAUAAAUGCCUAUAACUGCCUCAAUUUUGAGACACAACCAAGCCAACAUCAUGAAACCUCAGGACAUCGUGAAAGAAAAGAGCAGCAUGUGGAUAUUUGGAUAUGGCUCCUUGGUGUGGAAACCUGACUUCGUCUUCAAAAGACGUAAAAUUGGCUUCAUCAGCGGAUUCAAAAGGCGCUUCUGGCAUGGAGAUGAUUUUUACCGAGGGGACAAGGAAAAGGUAAUGUUAAAACAUUUGUCAUCUUGUGCAUGAUUAUACCUCUGUUUAUCUGAGGGGUGUUUUUUGUCAGAUAAGGAUAUUUAUUGUGCUUUUUGGGGGGGAUUGUGAAUCCCCUUAAUGUUGUUGUAUAAUGUGCUGAGUAGUCUUUCAUCCUUUCUAUUCACAGCCUGGCAGAGUGGUCACACUUGUGGAGGAUCGGGAGGUAAGUGAAGCUCAGUCUGUUAUGGUACAGCAUGCAGUAGUGAAUUACCCCCUACAGACUUCCAGGACUUCCACUACUCUUCUGUACAACUACAAAUGGACAUGAUUAGGAUUCAGAUGUACCAUCUUAAUAUGGCUCAACAGCUUAAAAUAGCCAACGAUAUUAAAUAUAUCAUGUCUGCUGCAUCAAAUGGUCCUAAAGUGAAAUAGGAGAAUACCUUACUUUAAAGCCUUUCACCAGUGUGGUGUACUACUACUAACACAAUUUAUCAUAAAAUGAUGAUAUGGAUUCACAUAAAUAUUCAGCCAAUUAUAUCUCACAUGUAUAACCAACAGCACAGUUCAUUUGUCUCAGAAUUAAAAUGCUUUAAAACUAUGUUUAAUUCUGUAUCUGCACUCCCUUUGUUUUCCCCCGCAGGCUUGUACAUGGGGAGUGGCCUACGAAGUGACCGACUCCAAGCUAGAAGAGUCCCUUCAGUACCUGAACAUGAGGGAGGUAGUUCUGGGAGGUUAUAUAACACAGAUGGUGGAGUUCAUCCCCAAAGAGAAACCUCAUACUCCUCUCUUGGCCCUCGUCUACAUCGCUACUUCUGAUAACCCAAUCUACCUUGGCCCGGCCUCGGACGCGGAUAUUGCCGCCCAGAUCGCCAUCUGCAGGGGCAACACGGGGCACAAUAUCGAAUACCUGGUCCGCCUUGCAGAGUUCAUGAGAAUGAACUGUCCUGAGGUGGUGGAUGAGCAUCUCUUCUCCAUUGAGGCGGCUCUUUUGAACAUUUUCAGUGACUGUGGAGGGAUCAAACCCCCAGACCAAAUGACACUUUUACUAGGAGCAACAUAAAACAGGACCACUUAAUGUUAUUAACAGGCUUUUCCUCAGGGUAAAUGAUUGUCCUUCAACCCAUCUUUAAGGGUGUUUGGUGCUUGAGAGAGGAAAUCAGGUUUCAUUGGUAUAUUUUGGUCCCCUAUCAUUGACCUUUACACUUGGGAACACUUUUAACAGAGAACUCAGCACAUGCUUUUCUAAAUACUGUAUGCAGACUUCAGAAGCAGGUGAAGCUUUUAAAAAUUCACACUCAGACAUUUUCUCUUCUCAAUACUUAUUUUCUUACUCCUUUGUUGUAAAAGGGUCUCAUAAGCACUUAAGUUGAUUUUUUUUUUAACAAUAAAAACACAAAAAUCUGGAUGAAUUUCCUGAAGUUUUGUUGUGUGUUGCUAGCUGCAGCCCAAGUCGCCUGUGUAGAUAAAGCCUGUCAUUGAGGUCAGACCCCUUGGCCUCAUCCUCUUUCUCAUCACAUGGCCGAGAAAUGUACAGCUGUAGCCUCUGGCAUGCUGACUUUUCCUUCGAAGGAUAAUAUAUAAACUGCACAGACACUGCACACUUCCCUUUAUUCAUGCAUGUAUUCAAUAACAUGGCCUUAUUCUUGGACAAACUGGGAAGACUCAAGAGCUGUUCUGUGCAGUUUUCACCACAAAUAGACAGCCAUGAAAAGUUUUCUUUAAGAUGUUUUAUAUCUGUUUGUAUUUUCUUUUAUUUGUGUGAAUUAUUUGGAAAAGUACAUAACGCAGAAACAUCUAGAAUAGCUCCACUGAUUAUAUGGUGACGUGAUAAACAUAUCUCAACAUUUCAAGUAGGAAAAGCCAGUGCGAAUUAAGGAAAAUAAGCAGAGGUACUGCAGUGUGUAGAGCGCACAGUCAGCAGAGAACAGUAAACACUAUGGUAGACCGCCCUCCCUUACAGUAUAGAUAGAGUACAUAGGGGCUAGGUUAGGGGGGCUGGGGUGCAGAUAGGGUUUCUUUUCCUGUCUGGAGCACUAUCACGUUUCAAAAACAUGUGCACAUGCCGAAGCCAGCCUCUCAAAUGAGUAGUCCCAACCUCGGCCCAACAUGCCUACGUUUGAAGAAGUGGAGUUCUGCAGCAUGCUACCCUACAUUCUUAGAAAUCGGCUCAGAACUGGGUCAAAGGUAUGAGCUGUGAGACAGGAACAUACAGUUCACCAAGAGCCCACGUGUCCAGGCCAAGAAAUGCAAGUGGACAUGGACAUGGAUUCCUGAUUUAGAUAGAUGUUAUUACAUAACUACAGCACGGUGUCCAGUAGUUGUCCUUUUGAAGGAAGUGAUAAAACUGAAGCAUGGGAGAGCUGUUUGUGUUGUGAAACCGCUGGGAAAAAAAAAAAAAAAAACACUUAAGAGUAGAGGACACCAGGUUCCCUGUGCCGUGUGACUAAACGUGUUGAGUCUUUGUGGUAACAAAUAAGGUAAUCCAGAGACAGACAGCGGUCAGUCAACACCACAAAUGUUUGUGGUUUCAUAUGACACAAUAUGGUUACACAUGAUACACACAAGAGGUUUGGUACACACAGUUCCCAACAGAACUAUAUGAUGAGUCAGGCAAUAUGAUAAUCUUCCUGCCACACCCAUUAACAAUUAGUUUGUUCCCUCCAUUCAUUUAUUUUAGUGCCUUUUUGAAUUGAUUAAUCUGACUGGCCAUGAAUCAAUAUUCUAUUUUUAAAGUUCAUUCAGAUACAAAAAACGGUGAGAUUUCCUUCAUAUUGCCCUUUCUACAUUUGCCCCUGAAAUAUACUUUUAUAUUUUCUCCUCUUGCCAGUGAAGCUCUUAAUGGUAAGAAUGGUCAUUUCUUAAAGAUUGCUUCAUGCACUUUAAACCCCCCACCACAGCAUUCCUAUGUCAGAUGAUUCCUUGUCGCCAGCCAACUUGUGGUAACCUAAAUCAACAACACUAAUGGCCUCUCCCUAUGCUACCUUGUAUCACUCGGCUUAGCUCCUCCCACCACAUGCUGCAGCAAACAUCCAUGAAAACUAUUGUCAAGCAGACUUACUGAUCCACACACCUAUUUACGUCAGUCUCAGAACAGAAACACUGACAGCUGAAUAGGGAGGUUCCCAUCAGCUGGUUUCCACUUGUUCUAAUCAAACCUUAAAUUCUAACCAACCAUCGUGUCUAAAAGUAAGAAAACACUCAGAAAGUAGUCCAAACUAAGAUCAAGAACCAGGUUUGCCUUUGUGGAAAGAUGGUGCAAAUUGGUUUGCCAAAACUGCCAGACACACAUUUAAGGAUAUCAAUGUUUAAUUUGUGUGAGCGACAUAAACUUAUCAAAAUUCACUUUUCUAAAAAUAUUAAGUUGCCUACUGUAGCUUUAAAAUGCUAAAAGUAGUAUGAGAGUAAGAGCCUUCAGUCAACAGGACCCUCUCUUCUGGGUUCAUCUACCAGUUUGGGUCUGUGGGCAGGCACCCUCUGUAUUUCAGAAUUUUCUGGCUUUGACUUAAUUCACACAGGGAUGUGGAUAAAGCAGGAAACUGGUGAGAGUGGGGAAUGGCAUGUGAUAAAGGCCAGCAGGCCAAAAUCAAACCCUCAGCCAUCCAGCUGCUGAGCUCUCUCUGUUUUUAAUACUAGGAUGAAAUGGUCUGUUUCAAAAAGUAGCAGCGAAAGCUGGCUCAGACCUGUCCUCCACCCAGAUUUCUGCUACCACAGGCUUAGCCUGCCUUGGGGCUUGUUACAUACAGACUGACUCUCUCCCUUGGUCCCUAUCUCUAUACAUUCCAAAUUCUGUAUGUUCCUAGCUGCACACCUUCACGCAGAGUUUUUGUGCUCUCUUGUCUUGCAGGUUCCUGUGGGUUACUGAUGUGGACUGCGUGCUUACUAUCAGGCUGACUGCUGAAUGCACAGUAUUAAUACUGACUUUCUUAGUCAUAUUUCUGUUAUUCUUAUUGAUUUUACUGGUCUGUUUUAUAUGUUUACAUUUACAUCUUUCUGUCUUUAUGCCUGCCUGUUGUCUUGAUCUCCAUUUUUAAUUUCUCCC